CACUUACACGACCUCAUGCUCGCCUGCACCACGACAUCAUUCAUAUCUGGUAUCUCCAAGGUAGACCUCCUCCGCAAUGGCCUCUCAGUCUGCGGAGAGCGCACCCACAGCAUCACGCGACCAAGCCGCCAUCCUGCGCCUCCCAGACGAACUCCUUGAAGCCAUCGUAGCCCAUCUGCCUCCUACGGCUACCCUCGCUUUCGGCACCACCAACUCUCGCUUCAAUAAGAUCACCUACGAGCCGCUGGUAUGGCGACGACAUUGCGUGCAGACAUGGAAACAUUGGGAAAUGAAGCACGAGUUGGAGGAGAAGCUGGAUCAACCUCCCGUGCAGACGAAGUGGCGGAUCUUAUACAACGAACGGAAGAAGAUUGAUAGAGAAGCAUUGGAGCUGUUCGACCAGCUCCUCCUCACAACUCAAUAUCGAUAUGAACGAAUGGAAAAGGUGGCGAAAUAUGGCUAUGAUGUGAAGGAUCUCCUCUUGCGGCUUCGAGACCAUACCCCAGAAGAUGCAGAGGACUAUCUCGCAAGGACAUUCCACGCAGAUGCUAUCCUCGGUCAGAUCCACCGCCUGCGAGGAAUUGACAAGUGGCAGCGACUUCACAAUCAUCAGAUGGUCAAGCUGGAGGAAGUACUCGGAGCAUACGAUGAAUUCGUCCUUGCGGGAGCACAGGGUGACAUACAAGACAUCGACCGCGAGUUUAACCGUAUCGCUCAAUGCAUCUCCACCGAGGUCCCCGAUUUCUACGAACUCAGCCCUCGCCGUCGAGCUGUCGAAAUCGCUCAAUACCUUCGCAACGCUGGUCUGGUCGGUAACAAUAAUCAAGACGAAUACCACGCCCUCCGCAACAACUUCCUCUCCCUCGCCCUUUUUGAAGAACCUCACUCCUCCCUACCUCUCCAAUCUGUGGCUAUAUAUUGCGCCGUCUCCCGUCGCCUCGGUCUCAAUGCCAAACUUUCCAACUACCCACAACACGUCCACGCCGUCGUCACUGCUCCACCCGGCAUCACCCUGGACGGCCGCCCUACUCGCGCCAGAUCCACAUCAUCAUCCUCCACCGACGACGAAUCCGACCCCAAUGCCGGCGAGACAAUGCACAUGGACCCCUGGCGUUCCUCCACCGAAGUCGACCCUCAAUACCUCCGCGCUCGCCUCCUACAAAUGGGCGCACCCUCCCACCAACACAUCCAACACCUCUCCCCAACCUCCACCCUUGACAUCGCCCUCCGCACCUCCCGCAACAUCAUGACCUCCGUGCAAUCCUUCCGCGAACGCCAUCGCUCGCACGCCAACGCUUCAACUUCCCACCACUACCCAGACAUCGAAGCAGCGUGGUACGCCAUGCUAUGGAGCAUGCUCAUCCUCGGCGACCACAACCCACGAUCCAGUCUACAUCGAAGAAGGCAGUGUCUCCCCUACCUCAUCGAGCACUUCCAAACCCACUACCCCUGGGACCUGCCUCUCAUUGAAACACUUCUCCCACCCAUGUUCGCCAACGAGAACGAGGCCAAUGUCCUCUCUCACCUCGUGGUCGCGCACCGCUCCACCGAUCGCACGCGCAAAGCUCCACAGCACCGCAACCCGAGGACAAAGGAGAGCGUGAGGUACAAGAUCGGAACGUGGAUGCGGCAUAAGCGAUUUGGUUACGAGGGCUUCGUGGUCGGAUGGGAUGCGACCUGUGGAGCUGAGGAGCGAUGGGUGGAGCAGAUGCGGGUGGACGAGUUGAGCAGGGGAAGGGAGCAAGGGUUUUAUAACGUUGUCGCGGACGAUAAAACCAUCCGCUACGUCGCCGAGGAGAACAUCAUCGCUCUUCCCGAGGAUCUCUCAUCAUCGAGGACAGAAUCUGCACGGCCGACUCAAGCAGGGAGGUACUUUUGGAAGUGGGAUCAGGAAGAGGGAAGGUUUGUGGGUGGGUUGAAGGAGGAGUAUCCUGAUGAUUAA